AAAAAAUCUCGGCCCCCUUCCGAACCCGGUCCCUUGCGGCCCCCGUGGAAGCCGAAACCCUAGACCCCGUCCCCAUCCCCUCCUCCACCUCCGCCGCAUGCCUGCGCCUCCUCCGCCGCGCUAAAGCUCCCUUCGAUCCCCCCUCCAUCGACCCCCGCGACCCGAUCCCUCUCGGCGAUCUUAGCAAGGCAUGGCCGGGAGGAAUAUUGUUGCCAUUUGUCAAUAUGGCGGUGAAUUUAUUACUAAUAGUGAUGGCUCUCUGUCCUAUGCUGGAGGAGAAGCUCAUGCUAUCGAAGUCGGAAAUGAAAUGCUUCUUGAGGAUUUUAAGGCAGAACUCUCCACUAUGUUCAAUGUUGACCUCAGUGGCAUGUUCCUCAAGUACUUUCUUCCAAACAAUAGGAGAACUCUCAUCACAAUAUCUACUGACAAAGACUUGCGUAGAAUGGUUGAUUUCAGUUCUGAUUCCUUAACAACGGAGGUUUAUAUCUUAAGUAAGGCCGAGAACAGGGCUAGGAGCACUGUGGCUCAUUCUGGAACUUCCAUAGCUGCUGAUGCUCGUGGUAAUAAAAGGAAGAGGUUACCUCCCGGUAACAGGGCAACUAGAAGUAAGACUCGCCUAGCUGAGUCUGACGCUCGUAAGCUGAGUACUACCACCAAUAUCAUCGAGGACAAUAAUAACAACGGUAGACAAAAGAGGCCAGCCUUUGCUCUAAAUGUUGAUGACAGUGGAACUAGGGCUGCUGACUUUGGAAAUGGUGUUGUUACCGCUUUUACUGCCACACCCAUUAAUAUGAAGCAGCAAAAGUUAAGCAUUGUGGAGCAGGUGGAUGGAAGGGUUGCAAAGAGCAUUAUGGACGAAUCGCUUACCCCAUUCAUGGCCACUUUGGUCACUCCGGAGAAUGUCCAACCUCUUAACUCUUGCACUAUCUGGGACAAUAUAAUCACAGGCGUUGGGCAAGAAUUCGACAAUGUGAAGGACUUCCGUGCCCAAUUGUGCAAAUACGCCAUCGGCAAAGGGUUUGUUUACAAAUUCGUUAAAAAUGAAACUACCCGUGUUACUGCUAAAUGCAAAGGGGAGAACUGCCCUUGGAGGGUCCACGCUUCUGAGUCAUCUCAUAACCACAAAUUCAUCAUUAAGAAAAUAAAUAAUGUUCACACAUGUGGAGGGGGCCAUGGCGGUGAUGGUCGGAGGCGACCGACAAGACAAUGGCUCACCAGUAUUAUUAAGGAGAAAUUGCAUGCUAACCCUCAGUGUAAGGCUAAAGACCUCGUAAAAGAACUUCAUGUAGACUGCGGGGUGAUUUUGAGCUAUUCGCAGGUGUGGAGAGGAAUGGAAGAUGCCAAGAAGGAGCUGUACCAAACUCUUAAGGAGACAUACAGCCAAUUGCCUUGGUUCUGCGAAAGAAUAUUGGAAACUAACCCUGGAAGUGUGGCUAUCCUAUCAGCAUCCAUGGACUCGAAAUUCCGCCGUUUUUUUGUUGCAUUUCAUGCCUCACUUAAUGGAUUUGAACGUGGUUGUCGCCCCCUCCUUUUUCUCGAUAGGAUUCCCUUAAAGGCAAGCAAUGAAUUUAAGUUGCUGGCGGCUGCUGCUGUGGAUGGAGACGAUGCUAUAUUUCCCCUUGCCUUUGCUAUAGUCGAGGAUGAGACUUACGAUAGUUGGCUUUGGUUCUUAAUGCAACUGAAAUAUGCUGUUACGCCUUCUCGCACUAUCACGUUUAUCUCCAGUAGACAUAAGGGCUUGGCUGAGGCUGUUCCGCAGGUUUUUGUAGAAAGUCCCCAUAGUUAUUGUUUGCAUAAUCUCUUAGAGGAAUUCAAAGGGGAAUUAAGCAGAGGACCAUGGUCACAACAAGUAAGGGAGGCAAUGGUCGGUGAUUUCACUCGCGCAGCCCAAGCAUGCAGUAUAGAAGAAUUUAAUGCAUCAAUCGAAAGCAUAAGAAACAUUUCAAAUGAAGCUGCCAAUUGGGUUAUGGCAAGCAAUCCUGAAAACUGGUCGGAUGCCCUUUUUAAGGGUUCACGGUACGACCACUAUUCCUCAAACAUUCUCGACUUCUUCAGUACUUGGAUACCAAUUAAAAGGGAGUCAUCCAUAGUGCACAUAAUAGAUUCAAUUCGUGGCAAACUAACGGAGAUGAUAGAAUCAAGGCGAGAAGUUUCUAGUGCGUGGUUUGGGAGUUUAACGCCCUCUAUGGAGCAAAAGUUGGAGAGAGAAGCAUCUAAGGCCGGAAAGCUCAAUGUGUUGUGCUCUUCUGAUACUGUGUUUGAAGUGCGGGGAAAUACCAUUUAUGUGGUAAAUAUUGGAAAUAGCGAAUGCACGUGUAGAAGGUGGCAAUUAUCUGGUAUUCCCUGUAUGCACGCUGUUGCUGUCUUCAAUCGGAUCGGUAGAUCUGUUUAUGACUAUUGUAUGGGAUAUUUCAAAAUUGAUUGUUAUCACUUGACUUAUUCUGAUUCAGUCCACCCGAUACCCGAUAUAGAGAAAAUCGACUUUAACUUUGGUGCAAAUUCGUACCCCCCACCCAGUCAGCGCCCACCUGGCAAACCAAGAAGAAGGCGAAUGAACUAUCAUAGAAAGACUAACCUACUGCGGCUCUGCAGCAGGUGCAAAAUGACAGGACACAAUAAGGCGACCUGCGAAGCUAUUUUGUAAAUUCACAUGCUAUCUAUUCCCACUGCCUUUAUCAGGUACUAGAGCUCAUCGCGGUGCCGGACGAUCGUCAAUCCUUUCGCGACUUUGGGAAACAUGCAGGGCACAAUAUUUGAUCUUUGUAUAGGGAACAAUCUGGUGAAAAAAAACCAUCUAUCUUUUAACUCAUUUUGUGCCCUUUUAUUUUUGACUUAAAUACUAGGAAUUGGUCAGUGUAAAACUCUCUCUCUCUACUAGCUAAUCAUCUCAUUGCCUUCUAGGUUUACCCAUGAUUUCUUGGGUCUUAGUGUUUAAAAGAUCUUAGGGUUUUUUUUUUUCCUUUUUUAAUUUUCUUUUUUCUUUUCAGAAUUUGUUAAGGAUGUGGAUGGUAGUGUUGGUUUAUCCUUUAAUUAGUAGUUGCAUCUUAAAAUUAAGCUGCAUAUCUGUUUUAAACCUUUUGUAAAAUUAUUGGAGGACUUUGCAUAUUCAAUAUCUAUUGCUCA